GUUCCGCUCCGCAGAGCCGAGGCGGACUGGGCUCAGGGACGGCGGCACUCGGCCGGGGCCUUCGCAGCCACGCGCUCCCUCCGCGGCGGGAUCUGUACCCAGGCUGCUCCCUAGAGCCCUGAGCCCGGUGGAGGGCGGGAGCAGGGUUGGGACUGGCGGCGACAGGGGAGUGACAAGCCAGCUGAGUCGCGUGCGCCGGCGCGCCGCUUCGGGUCCCCCAGCCCAGGCUGGGGCCUGUCGCUGCCUGACUCCAGUUGUCCUCGGGAAGGACGGUGCACCUGCGACCCGUCGGGGACCACGGCCACUCGGUGGGAAUCCAGGGGCCGAGUCCGCGCGACGGCCCACGCAGGACAGGCAUUUGGAUGAGAAAGAGCUGACAGGAACUGAGUCCCACCUUCUCUGUGUGCUGGGGAAUAGGGCUACCCAGCCCCGGUGGCACCCAUGCCGAAGAACAGCAAGGUGACCCAGCGUGAACACAGCAAUGAGCAUGUCACUGAGUCAGUGGCUGAUUUGCUGGCCCUGGAGGAGCCUGUGGACUAUAAGCAGAGUGUACUGAAUGUGGCUGGCGAGGCAGGUGGCAAGCAGAAGGUGGCGGAGGAGGAGCUGGAUGCAGAGGACCGGCCAGCCUGGAAUAGUAAGCUGCAGUACAUCCUGGCCCAGAUUGGCUUUUCUGUGGGCCUUGGCAACAUCUGGAGGUUCCCCUACCUGUGCCAGAAAAAUGGAGGAGGUGCCUAUCUGGUGCCCUAUCUGGUGCUGCUAAUCAUUAUUGGCAUCCCCCUCUUCUUUCUGGAGCUGGCUGUGGGCCAGAGGAUCCGCCGAGGCAGCAUCGGUGUGUGGCACUACGUGUGCCCCCGCCUGGGGGGCAUCGGCUUUUCCAGCUGUAUUGUCUGCCUCUUCGUUGGGCUGUACUACAAUGUGAUCAUUGGGUGGAGCGUCUUCUACUUCUUCAAGUCUUUCCAGUACCCACUGCCCUGGAGUGAAUGUCCUGUUAUCAGGAAUGGGACUGUGGCAGUGGUGGAGCCUGAGUGCGAGAAGAGCUCGGCUACUACCUACUUCUGGUAUCGAGAGGCCUUGGACAUCUCCAACUCCAUCUCAGAGAGUGGGGGCCUCAACUGGAAGAUGACUCUCUGCCUCCUUGUGGCCUGGAGCAUCGUGGGCAUGGCUGUAGUCAAGGGCAUCCAGUCCUCUGGAAAGGUAAUGUAUUUUAGCUCCCUCUUCCCCUAUGUGGUGUUGGCCUGCUUCCUGGUCCGGGGGCUGCUGCUUCGAGGGGCAGUUGAUGGCAUCCUGCACAUGUUCACUCCUAAGCUGGACAAGAUGCUGGACCCCCAGGUGUGGCGGGAAGCAGCCACACAGGUCUUCUUCGCCCUGGGGCUGGGCUUUGGAGGCGUCAUUGCCUUUUCCAGCUACAACAAACAGGACAAUAACUGCCACUUCGAUGCUGCCCUGGUGUCCUUCAUCAACUUCUUCACCUCGGUGUUGGCCACCCUCGUGGUGUUUGCUGUGCUGGGCUUCAAAGCCAACAUCAUGAAUGAGAAGUGUGUGGUCGAGAAUGCUGAGAAAAUUCUAGGGUACCUCAACUCCAAUGUCUUGAGCCGGGACCUCAUCCCACCCCACGUCAACUUCUCUCACCUGACCACCAAGGACUACUCAGAGAUGUACAACGUCAUCAUGACUGUCAAGGAGAAGCAGUUCUCAGCCCUGGGCCUGGAUCCCUGUCUCCUGGAGGAUGAGCUGGACAAGUCUGUGCAGGGCACAGGCCUGGCCUUCAUCGCCUUCACUGAGGCCAUGACACAUUUCCCGGCCUCCCCAUUCUGGUCCGUCAUGUUCUUCCUGAUGCUCAUCAACCUGGGCCUGGGCAGUAUGAUCGGGACCAUGGCAGGAAUCACCACACCUAUCAUCGAUACCUUCAAGGUGCCCAAGGAGAUGUUCACAGUGGGCUGCUGUGUCUUUGCAUUCUUCGUGGGGCUGUUGUUCGUCCAGCGCUCCGGAAACUACUUUGUCACCAUGUUUGAUGACUAUUCGGCCACCCUGCCACUCACCGUCAUCGUCAUCCUUGAGAACAUCGCUGUGGCCUGGAUUUAUGGAACCAAGAAGUUUAUGCAGGAGCUGACAGAGAUGCUGGGCUUCCGGCCGUACCGAUUCUAUUUCUACAUGUGGAAGUUUGUGUCUCCACUGUGCAUGGCUGUUCUCACCACAGCCAGCAUCAUCCAGCUGGGGGUGUCACCCCCAGGCUACAGUGCCUGGAUUAAGGAGGAGGCCGCCGAGCGCUACUUGUACUUCCCCAACUGGGCCAUGGCACUGCUGAUCACCCUCAUUGCUGUGGCAACCCUACCCAUCCCUGUGGUGUUCAUCCUGCGUCACUUCCACCUGCUCUCCGAUGGUUCCAACACCCUCUCUGUGUCCUACAAGAAGGGUCGCAUGAUGAAAGACAUCUCCAAUCUGGAGGAGAACGAUGAGACACGCUUCAUCCUUAGCAAGGUGCCCAGCGAGGCGCCCUCCCCUAUGCCCACCCACCGCUCCUAUCUGGGGCCUGGCAGCACAUCACCCUUGGAGAGCAGCAGCAAUCCCAACGGACGCUAUGGAAGCGGCUACCUCUUGGCCAGCACCCCUGAGUCAGAGCUGUGACCACAGCUCCACCCUGCCUGCCUCCCCCCAAUACCCAACCUGCCCACUUGUCUGGGCCUGGCCUUUUCCUCCAUGGUGGCCACCAGACCCAGGCCAGUCCAAGGAGAGAGGAUCUGUCCUACCUUGUUCCCCACCCAAGUCCCAGCAGACUCCCUACCUAUGAGCAGGGGACUGGGGACAAUGCAGUCCCUAUUCCAGGCCCUCAACCCAUGUAACUUUUUAAGAACUCUUGCCAAGUUGCAGCCAUGUAACCACAAAAAUCCCAGUAUGGGGGGACUUCAAGUGGAUGCUUUAGGAGUCACCCCCCCUCCCUGUAAAACCUAUCACUUGUAGUUCUUGGGUCUCAGGGAGGGUCCAUUUGUGCUGCUGGUUAUGGUGGUAGUGGACAGAGGCUUUAGGGCUAAAGGUGCAGGAGGUAGACUUUAGCCCAGCCUGUCAUAAGACCAGGACUCAUCAUCCUGUCCAACCCAUCCAGGCUGCUCCUGAGCUAAGAUAGGGAGAGGGACAUGUGUGUCAGGACUCAGGCUUUGCUUUGGCAGGAGGUGUACUGGAAACUCCUCAAUUUUGUCUUAUGACAAAGGCGGAGCCCUCUCAGGCUUAAGCAUGAAUGCUGGCAUUGAAAGGAAUGCAUCCAUGGCCAGCUCAUGGAGUCUUUCAAUGUCCCUGUUUACCCCGACAGGGGGCAAAGGCUGUAUAUUCUUGAUCCUGCCCGAGAGCACAGUGAUGGGGCCACUUUAACUAGGGCUUAGCCAUUUCUCAGUUUCCUCUAUCCUACCUGGAGCCAGGAGUGGUGGUCUUUGCCUCUGUCCCAGGGAGAAAGGAGUGCAGUGCAGGGUGAGGUUUCCAGAGCACAAUUUGCAGGGUCCCAGCACAAUCUAGAUGGUUUGGAGAAACAAACAUACUCUUCUGCACUUCUGGAGCUCAAUUUUUCUCUUUAGCGGCAGCUUCUCCCCUGGAAUGAGGGUUCCUGGAGUUCAGAUAAGUGCCACCAGGAACCCUUGUUUCUAAGGAAAGACAGGUAAACUCACUGCCCCCCACCCCGGGCUGCCACUCACUCUCCUUGUUGCACAAGCACAGCCACUUGUGUGCACAUCAUGUGAAGACACCUUGGAAACCCUUCCCAAACUUCCCUAGCCUGUUCAGAGAUAUGGCACAGGCAAUUCCGGGCAGAGCAGAGCCUCUGGUCUUACACUCCAAGGGAGAUACAGUAUAUGGCAGUGUCCUUGACCACCUUUUGAGGCUCCCCUGGGAGAAGGGCUGCUUCAGAGUAUCCUGUGAGGAUUUGGAAAUUGACCUGAGAAUCAAAGUAUCUCUCUGCAGUAUCACCUUAGAGAGAUGGGUACAUAGACAUAUAUGGUUGGCUGGCUGGGAUGGACAGAUGGAUGCGUGGAUGGAUAGGGUUACCCUAACUAGGGUUUAGUCAUUUCUCAGUCUCCUCCUUCCAACCUGGAGCCAGGAGCGGUGGUCUUAUAUACAUCCAUACAGACACACACGCUGUUUCUAUCUUUGAAAGUCCUGGUAGGCAGGAACAGACCUGGGCACCUUCCAGAGGCUCCUGGGUCAUUGUUGUGCCCAAAUGUCCCUCAGUACUGAGGGACAGUCUAGGCCCAGGUAUCCACCUCUUACUCCCCGGCCAUCCCUUCAGCCUGCCAUCUCUCCUUUUCCUUAGUUCCACACACCUUCUCUCACUUCUAGCUUUGUUGGUCCCACCCGUCCUAGUAUUUAAGGUGAGAGAGAGAUGAGCUUUUGGGACUCAGCAUCCCGUCCUCCGCCCCCUCACCUGACAACACCUCCUAGCUGGCCCCAUGCCUAGUCCCGAGCAGAAUUAGAAAAACAGGAAAGCCAGGCCAUAGCAGAGACUCCACUAUCUACCCUCCUCUCCACAUGCUAUUUCUAUUGUACAUUCAAUCUGUACAUGUGGGUGUAAAUGCUGUGAAAUGACAAACCCAAUAUUAUACUGUGGCUGGUGGACUAUUUUCAUCCUCAGUGCCGUACAGAUCUAUUUUCAUUGUAUAUUUGAUAUAUUUUUAAUUUUGUAGCAUGGCUGGGCCAGGCCCCAGCCUGUGAGGCUGCAGUAAGUGGGGGGUGGGGGAGGGGGCAGCUGAGCUGGGGCUGUUUGCUUAGGCCUUGUGGGCUCUGUAGUGUGUGUUGUAGCAUUUUUGCCGUAGGCCAGAACCUGUCCUGGCUGCACCUUUGCUGUGAGUUGGACAUAGGACCCAGAGCUGGGUGGUUGUGUGUGUGUGUGUGUGUGUGUGUGUAUGUGUGUGUUACAUUUGUAGGUGUGAGUGCAUAAGGUGCUGAUCUGUGAUACCCCCACCACCACCACCCAGUGUUCAUCACCUUCUGAAGACUCUGUGUCUUCCUCUCAGCUCUAUGGGUGAGGCCUCAGGACAGGCACUUCUAAGAAGCACUAGCUGUGGGGAAGGCAUGUGUUUCCUGCAGGUGACUCAUCAUCAUUUCACUGUUGGUGGGAAGGAGGGCCUUGGGUGGAGGGAAAGCCCCCAGAUUUAUUUUCCAGUCAACCUUCUGUUGUUCACACUGGAGUCAUGAUGUCUUAGGCAGAUAGUACCAGGGUUUCUUAGGAGGAUGGCAUCUCUCUGCCCUUCAGUCCUGCAUUUGUCCUUGAAAAAAAAUCCUGAGUACUCAGAAAGCAGCAGCUGCUUCUCAGACCUCUGCUGGCUCCUCAGGAGAGAUGAGGUGGGCUCACCUGACCACUGAAGACUAGCCCCAGCUGCCGUGCAGGAGCUGAAAAUGAGGGCCGGGUCUCCACGUCUUUGCGCAGAGUCCCUACUGCUGCCACUGGUUGGUGCUGCCCUUAAGGUACCUACCAGGAGACGAGGGCUUUCUGGGGCUGUGAGUCAAUUGAGUUGGGGCAGUGCAGAGGUACACCUAAGGGUUCCUGUUCUGCCUGCUCUCAGCUCCCAUCACCAGCUUCUUGCUCAGGGAGCCCUCAGCCCUCUUCAUGGAGACGGCAAAGAGCCUGAGGCCCAGUUUGGGUGGUGGGGGAGACAUGAGGUGUAGAGGGAUUGUCAAUGGGGUUGGCUUCUGCCAUUAAGCAAUAAGUCUUCAGGGGCUGGCUGCUGCUUUUUAAGUGCCAGGAAAUGUCCUCCAGAAACAGUGUGUGUGUGUGUGUGUGUGUGUGUGUGUGUGUGUGUGCCCUGAGGCUGUGAGCCAGGCCCCAUGUAGGCCUGCAGUAUUACCAGGCAGGGACUACCCCUCUUCUCUUCCUUACCUCUACCCCUCCCCCAACUAGAGUAUGCCCACUGUGAAAAGAGAAGUAAGAUCAAGCAGGUUGUAAUACACCUGACUCUCUGUGUACCCCUGGGUCCCUCUUCUUAGGUCUGAACUAUGGGCAUAUGGAACCUGAAGUCAUUUCUCAUGAGAAGUCCUGCUUUGUACAGACCUAAACACACACCAGGCAGUCACUUCUGGUCCCGACACAUGUUCAGAACAGUUAAAGUUCAUGUGUCAGUGCUCUGGGUCAGGAUCACUCUGCCCAGGAGAGGGGAUGAGGCAUUGUCACCCCAGGGUCCCCACUUCAUCUUCCCUACCUUGGUGUACAAUAAAGUGUCUGUUCUUAGCACCCUC